AUGGCGAACUUCAACAACAGAGACACGGACAAGCCAGUCCACGAGAUGCUGGAACACAAGGAAGACCACCAUGUCGUGCACGAGGCAAACAAGGAACGGCUCGCUGAGGCCGUCGCCGCCGAGGACCAGGAACACAUGGGCGUGGUUGCUGCAUUCCGGCUAUUCCCCAAGGCGGCAUUCUGGUCCAUGGUCAUGUCCAUGGUCAUUGUGAUGGAGGCUUAUGAUGCGGCUCUCGUGUCGAAUCUCAUGGCACAGCCGGCGUUCCAGCGUCAUUUCGGCCAGCCGCUCGGCGAUGGGACUUACCAAGUCCCCCCGGCUUGGCAGAGCGCAUGUAACUACGCGUCGACAAUCGGCGCAUUUGUCGGUAUUCUUAUCUGCGGUUACGUCCAGCCUCAUCUCGGAUACAAGAAGACGAUGAUCGGCGCACUGGUCGCCAUGACUUGUUUCAUCUUCGUGACGUUCUUCGCCGAGACGUUGCCGGUGCUUUUUGUCGGCCAGUUCCUCGCGGGUCUGCCAUGGGGUUUCUACAAUGCCAUCGCACAGGCAUAUGCGUCGGAAAUCGUCCCCCUCCCACUCCGCGCCCACGCAACCAUGUGGAACCAGGUGUGCUGGUGUGUUGGCCAGCUCAUGACUUCGGGGAUUCUCUUCGGGUUCCGUAACGGCACAUCAAAGUGGUCCUACAAGAUCCCAUUUGCGAUCCAGUGGAUUUGGCCUGUACCGCUUAUUAUCGCCAUGAUUUUCGCGCCCGAGUCGCCGUGGUGGCUUGUCCGAAAGAACCGCCUUGAGGAUGCGGAGAAAGUCGUCCGCCGGCUCGAAUCAAAAAACUCGCCACGCGACCCAGCCGCUGUCGUGGCCAUGAUGGCGCGGACUAUCGAGAUUGAGAAUUCCCUCACUGAAGGUGCGAGUCUCGCAGCCUGCCUCAAGGGCAUAGACGGGAAACGUACCCUUGUCGCAAGCUUCAUGUUUGCCGCUCAAAACUGGAGCGGUCUCCUCAUCGGUAACAUGGCGACAUACUUCUACACCGUGGCGGGCAUGGGCGCCGACAAGGCGUUCGGUCUCGGUCUCGGCACUUCUGGCGUUCAACUCGCUGCGGUUUUGGUCGCAUUCCACCUUGUCACCAGAGUGGGUCGCCGGAGACUCUACCUUUCCGGCGUGGCUUUCCAGACCGCCAUGCUCCUUGCUAUUGGGAUCGCAGCGGCGGCGAGCAAGAGCUCAACGUCAUUCUGGAUCCAAGCGACAUUCCUCAUGCUCGUCUAUGCGUCGUAUGGUCUUUCGGUUGGCCCAAUCACGUUUACGAUUGUGGCGGAAGUCUCAUCGAUCAAACUCCGCGCUCAGACUUGCGCCAUCGCUCGCGCGGCAUACUACGCCGUCGCUGUGCCCAUGGGUUUCGUCCAGAGUUACAGCCUCAACCCCCUGGCAUGGGACUUGCAGGGCCGCUCGGCGUUUAUCUGGUUCGGCACCGCUGUGGGCGUUCUGAUCUUUGUUUACUUUAUGGUUCCGGAAACAAAGGACCGCACGGUGCGCGAACUCGACAUUCUCUGGCACCGCCGCGUGCCGCCUCGCAAGUUUAAGACUACCGUCAUUGACAAGGACGACGACGAGUAG